CCGGCUCUCCUCUGCUCCCAUCCCGCAGCUGCAGACAUGGCCAAGCCGCUGACUGACCUGGAGAAGAGGAAGCAGAUCAGCAUCAGGGGAAUAGUCGGGGUGGAGAACGUGUCUGAGCUGAAGAAAGGCUUCAACCGGCACCUGCACUUCACCCUGGUCAAGGACCGCAAUGUCUCCACCACCAGGGACUACUACUUCGCCCUGGCCCACACUGUGCGCGACCACCUGGUGGGGAGGUGGAUCAGGACGCAGCAGUACUACUACGAGAAGGACCCCAAGAGAACCUACUAUCUGUCUCUGGAAUUCUACAUGGGCCGUACCCUGCAGAACACCAUGAUUAACCUGGGCUUGCAGAAUGCCUGCGAUGAAGCCAUCUAUCAGCUGGGGCUGGACAUCGAGGAACUGGAGGAGAUGGAAGAAGACGCUGGCCUUGGUAACGGUGGCCUGGGACGUCUGGCUGCUUGUUUCUUGGAUUCUAUGGCAACGCUGGGACUCGCCGCCUACGGGUACGGCAUCCGAUAUGAGUACGGAAUCUUCAACCAGAAGAUCAAAGACGGCUGGCAGGUGGAGGAAGCGGAUGACUGGCUGAGACAUGGAAAUCCUUGGGAGAAGGCUCGUCCAGAGUACAUGCUCCCUGUUCACUUCUAUGGACGUGUGGAGGACACCAAGACGGGCGUGCGGUGGGUGGACACUCAGGUUGUCCUGGCCAUGCCUUAUGACACCCCCGUCCCCGGGUACAUGAAUAACACUGUGAAUACUAUGAGGCUCUGGUCUGCCCGGGCACCGAAUGACUUCAACCUCCAGGACUUCAAUGUUGGAGACUACAUCCAGGCAGUGCUGGACCGUAACCUGGCAGAAAACAUCUCCCGGGUGCUAUAUCCAAAUGAUAACUUCUUUGAAGGGAAGGAGCUGCGCCUGAAGCAGGAAUACUUUGUGGUUGCCGCAUCUCUACAGGACAUCAUCCGGCGUUUCAAAGCCGCCAGAUUUGGCUGUCGGGACACCAUCCGCACUGGCUUUGAUUCAUUUCCAGAGAAGGUCGCCAUACAGCUGAACGACACUCACCCGGCACUGGGUAUCCCGGAACUGAUGAGAAUAUUUCUGGACAUAGAGAAGCUCCCCUGGGAGAAGGCUUGGGAGAUCACCAAGAAAACGUUUGCCUACACGAACCAUACGGUGUUGCCUGAAGCUCUGGAACGCUGGCCAGUGGAACUUGUGGAGAAACUGCUCCCAAGACACCUUCAGAUCAUUUAUGAAAUCAACCAGAGGCAUUUAGAUAGCAUCUCUGCCCUUUAUCCCGGGGAUGUAGACCGCCUCAGACGGAUGUCCCUGAUUGAAGAAGACGGCAUUAAGAGGAUAAACAUGGCGCACUUGUGUAUCGUUGGGUCUCAUGCAGUAAAUGGGGUGGCCAGAAUCCACUCUGAAAUUGUGAAGAACCAAGUGUUUAAAGACUUCAGUGACAUAGAGCCAGAGAAGUUUCAGAACAAGACAAAUGGUAUCACUCCCAGACGCUGGCUCCUCUUGUGUAAUCCCGGCCUUGCAGAGCUGAUAGCGGAGAAAAUAGGAGAAGAUUACGUGAAGGAUCUGAGCCAGCUGACCAAGCUGAAGAAGUUUGUAGAUGACAACACCUUCAUCAGAGAUGUCUCCAAAGUGAAAGAGGAAAACAAGAUGAAGUUCGCCCAGUACCUGGAGAAGGAAUGCAGAAUGAAGCUGAACGCGGCAUCCAUGUUUGACGUGCAAGUGAAGAGGAUACAUGAGUAUAAGAGACAGCUCCUGAACUGCCUCCAUAUCAUCACCAUGUACAACCGUAUCAAGACGAAUCCCAGGGAGAACUUUGUCCCGAGGACGGUUAUAAUUGGAGGGAAGGCUGCCCCAGGAUACCACAUGGCAAAGAUGAUCAUCAAACUAAUCACCGCCGUGGGGGAUAUUGUGAACAAUGACCCGAUGGUGGGAGACAGGCUGAAGGUGGUUUACUUGGAGAACUACAGAGUGUCCCUGGCGGAAAAAGUGAUCCCAGCAACGGACCUGUCGGAGCAGAUUUCCACGGCUGGUACCGAGGCUUCCGGUACGGGCAACAUGAAGUUCAUGUUGAAUGGAGCACUGACCAUUGGCACCAUGGAUGGUGCCAAUGUGGAGAUGGCGGAAGAGGCUGGCGAGGAGAACCUGUUUAUCUUCGGCAUGAGAAUAAAGGAUGUUGCUGAAAUGGACAAGAAGGGGUACAAUGCCCAGGAGUACUAUGAGGCUCUCCCAGAGCUGAAGCGAGCCAUUGACCAGAUCCAAGGCGGAUUCUUCUCUCCCGCAAAGCCCGACCUCUUUAAGGAUCUGGUGGACAUGCUCUUCCACCAUGACAGGUUUAAAGUGUUUGCCGACUAUGAGGCUUAUGUGAAGUGCCAGGAGCGGGUCAGUGCCCUGUAUAAGACUCCAAGAGAGUGGACGAAGGUGGUUAUCAAGAACAUAGCGGCAUCUGGGAAAUUCUCCAGCGAUCGGACAAUCAAGGAAUAUGCCAAAGAUAUCUGGGGAGUGGAGCCCUCCGACUUGAAGAUUCCACCACCAAAUGAACCCAGAGAAUCGCUUGAGGAUGUCAAGGCGGCGGCGCCAAAUGUCAAGGCAGCGGCGCCAAAUGUCAAGACAGCGGCGCAAAAUGUCAAGGCGGCGGCGCCAAAUGCCAAGGCGUAACUGGUUAUGAAUGGAGUGUGGGAAACCCAGGCGUGCACUAAUCUGUAGAUCACUAUAGAUCUGCCUGUAACCUGCAGAUAUUGGGGGAACAAGCUUUAUGCCUUUUGCACUCUGCAUUGUGCAGUACUGUAUGUGCCAAAGCAGGGAAGCGGUUAUACUGUAGGACUGGUCCUUAUCUCAGAGCUUUUCUAUCAACACUUUGUAUCUGCUAACUGUACCGUUACUUCUCCGGCACAAAUAAAACAUUUCUAGGUA